GGCAUUUGGGGGAUUGUCUGGUGGUCUCAGCAUUCUCAUUUCCUUCGCAAUACGCAGCUGCAGUUGCACAAUCACUUGCCACAUCUCAACGAGAAGAACCUCUUCCGCUGGCCGUGACUCCUUAGAUACAACUUGAAUCCUGAGCAAACCAAAUAAAUCCUGAUUCCUCAUGGCAUCACAUUCAGCGGAGGUCGCUGCUGACUUUAGAGAUGCCUUGCAAGAUCUGAAGAUCAACAGCAGACCAGAAAUCAGCAACUUGACCGUAAUCGCCAAGGAGAACACCGAACAUGCGCAAGCUAUCUCAAGAGAACUGGAAAACCAUAUCCGAUUGACUCGACCCGAAUGGAAAUUACCAGCUUUGUAUGUCCUCGACUCGAUCGUGAAGAAUGUCGGAACCCCAUACACCGUAUACUUGGGCCGGAACCUCUUCAGGACAUUUAUGGAAGCCUAUACCCUCGUUGAUCCUGGAACCAGAAAAGCCAUGGAAGGAUUACUCAAGACGUGGAAGCUGCCGGUUCCUGAGUCCUUGGAUACCAGACCGGUCUUUUCCGCCGAGGUCACUCGCGAAAUUGAGAACGCGUUGAUCAAGUUCCGUACCGUCACCAUCCAACAUCAGCAGCAGCAAGCCCGUAAUCAGAGGCAGCCGUACGGUCAGCUUCCUGCCAGACCACCCCAACAGCCGCAAUACAGAGAGUCUCCGACUCCGAACCCUCAAGGACCUUAUGGCUAUCCCAUACCUCCACAAAAAACCACCGAGCCGCCUAGAUCGCCCGUCCCACGUUACCUCUCUCCUGCGCAUCAGGGCAUCCCAUCAGCGUCUCGGCAGCCGUAUCUGCCUCCGUCGACUGCGCCGCCGCCUGAUAUCGGCCGCAUCAAAGAUACACUGAAGCAGAUCAUUCUAUCCGCCACCAUGGAAGUGUCCCAAAGACCAGCCGAUGAACGCGCAAGAUCACUUCUCACCACUCUCCUGAGCCUCCAGAAAGUCCUCGAGUCGGGGAGUCUCGCCCCUGAUCAAAUCCGGCAGGUUGAAGGCGAGAUUCAACGGAUAUCGGGCGCCCUUCUCCCACGGACAUCGACACCAUCUGUCCCAACACAUUUUGCCCCUGCCCCUGCUCCAACGCAGUCUGCGCCGCCGGUUGCUCUACCUUUUCCCUUUCCACCUCCGGCAGCAGCCAGUUCCCAGCGAGCAACACCACAGCCCUCACAGCCUCCGACCAUGGAUCUUUCUCAACUAUUGCGACAAUUCAAUCCCACUCCUGCCUCCGCCCCUUCCCAGGCGCGCCCUCCACCACAACCAGCCAAUGACCUGCUCGCUUCACUCCGAGCUGCUGGUCUUCUUGGGGGCGGCCGCGCAACUCCGGAGCCCAGCGCCCAACCGCAGCUCCAAACUGCACCCCUUAAUGAUGUCAAAUUGGACCCGGUGUCAUUGAAGAUAUCACGCCCGAAUCUCAUCCGGUUGCUCUACUCUGCCAGGCCGGAUCAAUGCCGCGAAUGCGCACGUCGGUUUCCCGCCACCGAAGAAGGCAAGAAGCGGAAGACCAGGCAUCUCGACUGGCACUUCAAGACGAAUAUGCGCAUCGCCGACACCUCUAAGAGCGUCAUUAGCCGAAGCUGGUAUAUUGACGAGAGGGAAUGGAUCGACUAUCGAGAAUCUGACGAUACAUCAUCCGACAAAGGAAGCGGCUCCUCCAAAGCCAAGAAGCCCGACCCCAAAGACCAAUACGUCCCAGUCCCUACAGAUGCAUCACUGGCCAACGCCCACUGUCCCAUCUGUCAAGAGAAGUUCGAUGCUCAAUGGCACGAAGAGACGCAGCAACCGGUAUGGUUUGACGCGAUGCACAUUGGCGGGCGGAUCUAUCACGCAAGCUGCUACGCGGAGUUGAGCAAAGCGUCGGGAAUGGGCGCUGGCGGUGCCGGGGGGAGGGCCGGGGGAAGUAAUAUAGCUGCCUCGAAUACUGCCAGAAGCACGCCUGAUCCUAUCCUUGGGAAACGAAAGUGGCAUGCUGGUGCUGAAUGAUGUUCGAUGAUGCCUAGCCGCACCGCCCUGUACGCAGACCAGUAGGUUGGCGGUUCAAUUGCCUGCUUCGCGAGCAUCGCGGCUCACCUCAGGCGCGCAUCUCCAUGACCAUUUCGUAGCUUGAUCCCUCAACAGUCUUAGCGACUAGCCCACCUUUCAGAUACCAUUCCAAAAUAAUGCAAUCUGGGGUUCAAUUCGAUACGAGCUAGCAAAUAAU